AUGACUUUCUUUUCAGAGUUCACCACCAAGCUUAUGGAAAUCUCAUAUACCAAAAGCUUAGCAGAAAUGGAAAUGAAGGACCCCAGCAUCAUCUAUCAGUGGCCAAUGAACUCUCUUGACGAGCUCAAGACAAUGUCCAUGGCAGCUGCAUUGGAAAACAAUAUACAUCAGUCUUACUCUCACUCAAUGUUUGACCUUAAACCACCAACAAAAAUGUGUCAUGUGGUUGAUAGGCCCCUUAAGCCGCCCAAAACCAACAGCUGGACAUCCUGCAUAACCGAUAAUAAUUCAAACCAACAAGCUGUUGCUUCUCCCAAACCUUUUUCCUAUGCGAAUUCUAAUUACACAAAUCAAGUUGGUAUUGUUAAGCCUGAAGAGGAAACGGUGUCUUCCAAAUUCGCGACUGCUUUGGCUUCUGAUAUCUUCCAAAGUUCAUUUGGGAACCAAAAUUAUAUGUUCAAGGCUUGUCAAGAAGCUAAGAGGAUUAGCUCAAGCAGCAGAUCAUUUUCUCAAACUCAGGAUCAUAUCAUUGCUGAGAGAAAGAGGAGAGAAAAGCUCAGCCAGAGGUUCAUAGCUCUGUCUGCUUUAGUGCCUGGGCUAAAGAAGAUGGACAAGGCUUCUGUUCUAGGGGAUGCUAUCAAGUAUUUGAAACAACUCCAAGAGAGAGUGAAAACACUUGAAGAACUGACCAAGAAGAAAUCCAUGGAAUCAGUGGUUUUUGUGAAGAAAUAUGAGCUUGACUCCGAGGGUCACAAUUCUUCUUCAGACGAAAAUUUCCUCGGUGACCCUGUCGAUGAGCCACUCCCAGAAAUUGAAGCAAGAUUUUCUGACAAAGAUGUCCUCUUAAGAAUUCAUUGCGAGAAAAGGAAUGGAGUUUUGGAAAAAACACUAGCUGAAAUUGAGAAGCUUCAUCUAUCAGUUAUCAAUAGCAGUGUCAUGACUUUUGGGACUUAUGCUCUUGAGAUAACUGUUAUUGCUCAGAAGGAUGUGGAGUUCAGCAUGACAAUGAAGGAUCUUGUGAAGAAUCUGCACUCAUCUCUCAAAUUGCUCAAUUGGUUAUCACGUCAGUCUAACACACUGAAGGUCUCCGGUUCGAGUCCGGGCGACGCCACUUUCUGGCUACUCUACUUUCAUGUUUUUUUGCAUCCAACACGACGUCGUACUGACCCGCCUCUCCAAUUUCAUCCAAACAACCUCAUCUCCGACUUAUGCAGGCCCACAUGUACGACCAACCACGUCACCACUGCUUAA